AUUUCAACAGGAUACGUUACUAUCGCGGAAAAAUUUGAGGCUUGAAGCUAUACCGUAUUUCAAGUUUACAGUCUUAUUCAACAAUGAACUCAGGAUGAACUUUAGUGCCCUAUUUGCAAAUAUAAAAAAAUCAGAAUGCCCAUUGUCUCUUCUGAAGAGCUAUGUAAAUGAUGGCGUUGUCCUAAAGGACUUCAACAAAUGCGAGGAAAUUGGUUCACUCGUUUGCUUUCUCGUGUCUAAAACAUAUGGGCUUGGCCUCAAGAUACUCCUUGACUGUGGUUUGGAUAUGUCUGCUAGUCAUCACAUUACUGGAGACACACCAUUGAUCAUCCUUUGCAACGAAGGUUUAUGUGGUGCAACGAAACAACUAAUUGACAAAUUAGAACCGGCUAGUCUAUUUCAUUCCAACGUCAUUGGAUUAACAGCUAUAACACAAUUGCUCUGUCGCGCUCACGGGGCUUGCAACUGCUUAGAAAGUCUUCUUUCACAUCUGUGCCUUUGCAGUGCUCUUUUACCAGUUGACUUGCGUAUGAACAGUCAUAUACGCAGCAUGAGUAGUAUGGGACUUUUACAUUCAGAACCCUUAUUUGAAAAUGAUGAAGGAAGUCAGGUGUUAUUCACUGUUGAUCAGCUACUGGGACGCAUUAAGUCAGAUAAUAGUGAGCGUAUCAUCUCUGUAUUACAACUGUGGAUAAAAGCAAAUCUUCUGCGUUUAACGUACAGUAAGUUUAUUACAGCACUUCUCAAGUAAGGCGAUUCCAAGUUUUAUUUUCGGCCUAUAAUCAAGCGGGUAGAUUAAUGUAGGUGCAUGUACAAACUUGUGAUCUCUAUGUACCCACUCUGUUUAGCACACUGUGAGAUACUCAACGAGUAAGAUACUAAAAAUAAUGUCAACAAUAUUGGAGCACCAAAAGCAGCGACCAAUGUAGGUGAACGAAAGCAUAGAGUAUUAAAAUAUAAGCACGUUUCUGGAGAAUGUAGUAAUUGGGUAUGAGUAAAAUAUACUCAGGUCGCUUCAGUCAAGUUUACAAUACUAUCUGAUUUACCACCGUAACCUAAGUGCUCUUGAUCUAAAGUCAGCAUUUGAAAUCCUCGCAUUUCCUUUGUUAAACAUUACUGUUGUUUCAAUGCUGACUGAAUAUCGUACUGGACUGUAAAGGGUUGGAAAUUUAAUCCAUGACCCAUGAUAUACCUCUUUAAUUUAUCCUUGUGUAUGUCUUAUUAUGACGGAUGAACAAAAAUAUUUCCUUUCGGUACGUUAUACUACUAUAACACAUUAAUAUAAACAGGAUUGAGAUUUAAAGCUAUACAGACUGGGACUACGUCUUACCAAAUAUACGAUUCACGGCAAGAAAUAGAUUACCAGAGUGUAAGCCAAUAGUUUAUUUAACACAAUUACACGCAGUCUAUACUUAGUGAUUCCAGAGUGAAAAUCAAUGAUGGGAAAGAUACCACUUAUUUUUAAUAGUAAGAAAAACUGUGUGUCAGUUCAUGCUCAGUGACCGAUCACAUCUUACCUCCAUUUACCACAUAUCAAUCUUUGAUAUAGGCUGAGAGAAACUUCCCAGUCUCAAUAGUUCGAUAUCUAAUGAAACAAGACCAUGAACAAAGUUCAAGCACGUAGUCUGGAAGAAAUACCAAUAGUUUAUUGAUCCUCUAGAUUAGUAACAACAUUCAUAUAAUCUCUCUGCCUACUGUUGAGUUGACAUAUGUUUCUCCCUAUGCUUAAAGUUAGCGUCUAUGUAUGUAAUUAAGUCACCUGUUAAAAUAACUGGGUGACCUUCAACUCGCCUGAACUCCAAAUAGUGAGGAGUAAGUACAGUGCUAUCAGAUUUAGCUGUAACCAGAGAACUGUCAGGUGAAUUCUAAUCUAGCAGUGGAUGUUUUGCUUGUGAACUUAAUGCAUGACGUACAUAUACAAAGCCACAAGCUAUUCCCAUCAAACUGCCAGAUGCUCAAAUAACCACAUUUAGGCCUUCUAUGCGAAUUUCGCGAAACAAAGUCACGAUUAGGGAACUAGAGUUUUGGUUAGUAAGUUUCACUAAUUUACUUGAUAUAAAAUUCAAAAAUAGAAGAGCAGUUUUACGAGAUUAUAAUAUUAAUUUGCAGACCAUAUUGUUAGUACUGGUUGGAUAUACUGGAAAUUAUGCUAAGAAACAAAGUAACUUAGUAAAUCUGGCUAUCGCAAAAUGUAGGAUAUUAUGGCGUAAGGAGUAAUAAAGUUGGAUUGCUAAAAAAAUAUUUGUGGCACACGGAGGUAAAUUAAAAUUUGUAAAUUCCUAUUCAAAAUCUCUUAUCCAUUGUUGUAACUUUGAGACAUUGCAAUGAAAAUUAAUUUGAUAUUCUUUAUUCAUAAAAGCAACUGGAGACAGUUCUAUGCAGAAUCAACAAUUAACAUGCAACACAAAUGUUUUGGGAGAAAGGCUUCUUAGACCUUUGCUGUCAUGUGUUCUUUAUCCAAACAACACUGGAUCCAUAAUGAAUAAACUUGAAAUAUUGAUUUGUCAAUUGCUCAUCUUAGGCCAGUUACAUGGAUGCCUUUUAAUUGAUAGUAUAACUCAGUCAAAUCCAGUAGACUCGAAAAACCAAUACUUGAAUAACAUGUAAGUUUACUGGGUGCUAACUUUUUCUGAAGGUGAUUUAGUGGGUGUAAUUGAUGUUUUAAUUUAAACACUCUAUGGCCUUAAGAUGGAAAGUAAAGUUUAAUUACAAACGCUUGAUGAAACUGUGUACGGUAAAAUAGAGAAAACUAUCCAACCACUGUCUACCAAGUUACAGGAGAUUCUUCAAAACAUUUUAGGAAUAAUCCACAUAAAGAAACAACAGGAUGAAAAGUUCAUCCUGGAUCCACAUGCCAUCUAUUUUAAACAAUUAAUGAAGUGACCAACUUUAUGCUCGACUGACUGAAUUCAACAACCUGAUUCGAAUUUAAUACUAGUGGGAGGGGAAAUCUUACUGUUUAUUCGCUGGGAUGCAAAUGUAGAUUAUAUUUUUGUUAUAGGUAACAAAAUUGUUGCUGCAAACUCACUUAUUCCACACCACUUAUUAAGUUUUUGCCAUUCAGUUUUACUUUCUCCUUUUCUUAAUAUUCACCCAGUUUUUUUUCCAGUUAAUUCAUCGAUAAGUUCGAGCAGUUCAUCUGCUGGUCAGCUAGCUAAUCUUUUACUAUUGAUUUAAAAAAAGUGCUGUGGUCAAAACUUAUAUGGAUUUUCUAACACACUAAGUCUAAAACCUACACUAGAUAUUAAAGAAAGUGUGGUAUUGUUAGCAGAUUCAUGAUACGUUAGUGUAUACAAUCUUACGCAGUAACUAAUACUAUUGGUUUGUUUUACUUUGAAUUUCAUAGCUUAGAAUAUAUACGAUGCCAUCUGAAUGCACCACUAAACCUAAGACUUCUAGGGAUACGUGCAAUCCGUCGAAUUUUACAGUACCGUUUUAUAUUAAUUUGCCAGAUGACUGAUAAGCAUAAUUCGCUGAUAAAUGAAAAUGCACUUUCGUUUGUAACAUGGGUUGAUCAAUUACCUUUACCAAAUAUCAUCAAACAACAUAUUCUCUUAAAUCCAAUGACCUUAAGAACUAGUUGAACAAACAACUUUGCCCUUAUUUUUUUUCUUUGGUUCGUGCAUUUAUUUUCGAUUUUUUAAAACUUAUUAUUAAGUAAAGAAGGUUUUUAUGUUUUCGAUAAAAAUGCAAUAGACAUAUGUACAGAAUAAAAUUGAAAUAAAUUUAUGUUCUGGUGUUCUU